AUGUUUCAACAACAACAAACUAUUGGUGAACAACUAUCUCAACAAUCCCAACGCCAACAAAAUUAUUAUGAUAAUGGAGAAUUUGAACAUUCCGUCCAGCAACUUAUUCAACAGCAGCGACUUCAGCAACCAAUUCAAAAUCUCGGCCAACAAUUCCAACAACAAAAUUAUGACCGACAACUUCAAAAUCACGUGCAACAAAAUCUUCAGCAAAAUUUCGGUCAAAUUCAACAAAUUAAUAAUCCAAAUCAGCAAAUGCUUCAACAACAAAUUCAAGAAACUCAGCAAACUCAAAAUAUUGAUCAUAGAGUUAUUGCAUUUGACAAUUCAUUAUCAUUUCAAAAAAUGACUAAUGAUAACACAAUAAUAACAUGCUGGCAGCGCAAUCUUUGUCGCCACUACAAUUAG